ACCUCACUCAGUGCGCCUCGGUCCACGGCAGAGAAAGGUUGUGGGAUUGUGUUGCUCCAUCUCCGUGAGUGGCCGCUGUCUGAACUGCUACUGAACUACUGCGUGUGUUGGCGACACUUCGCUAAUGUGAUUAUGGUUUAUGGAGUGACACUCUACCAAAAAAAAGAAAAUGAAUUUGUAGUGAUAUGUUUAUUUACUUUAAUAAUAGACAAGGAUACUUCAGAAGUAAUGAACUUAGCUGAUAUAAUUGGAUGAUUGCCGUUGUUAAUUCUGAAUCCGAAAUAACUGAGGUCGAGUGCAGUCGACUGGGGGAGUGGGCUCCAGUCCACGCUCGUUGGGUCAGCGAGGCUCGCAGCUCCUUCGCCCUCUCUUCAGCAGGUGCUCAUGAAACCUAUUGAUCAGGUCAUCAGGAACGAAGCAUUGUAGUAUCUUUACCUUAUGGGUAUAACUUGGUAAUAGUGAUAUUUGUGGGGGAAAACACAAGAGUCAAAUUUACUAAGGAAAAUAAUAAGUAGAGAAAGAAGUGCUGUUGAAGUAUAAUGUGAAAAGUUUGUAAGUGCUAUGAUUCUACCUAUCGCUAGUAACUGAUGUUUUCUUUGUCAAAAGUGAAAGCUACUACAAGUAUCAUUUGUGUUCCUGGCAUACACGGAGCGUCACUGUUGCCAGCACAACACUUAGUGUGAGUGAUGGGUCACUUCGGCAUCAUGGAGACCGAUCGCUUGAUGGGCGUGGGCUCCCGUGGGUCCGCCUCGGGAAAGGGAGAGGUGAUUAUGGGUCGAUGCUUUCCCCUGGAUGGUCCUGGGGCCACCUUUAAGACUGCCCCAGUUGUAAGAGGUGUUGUCUAUAAGGAAAAUAAAGGCCUUAAGGAUUCCUCAAGCACAACAUUUGGCGUCAUUAAGAAAGAAAUGAAAAGUUCUAUGGCAUCUGCAAACCAAAGUAAUGGUGGCGUUCAGGGAUCCGAGCUGGUAAUAAAUGAUAGUGCAGCGAAGGACUUCAGCUUCUCUAACUCAUCCAAAAGCAUAGCUCAUGAGACUGACAUGAAGAGCAUCACAAACCAAACUGUGCCGGUUCGUACCGCUGACGGCAAUACCACGAAGGCCAGACUUUCCAGGGCGUCCGCGAGAACAGUUCCCAACGCCUACACAGAAGUUUCUCCUGUCCCAAGAGAGCGCUCGAGACUGAGGUUCAAGGAAGACUCAACUCCCAAGCGCGAAAUUUCUGCAGAGCGAGUUCUGGUGCCGCCUGCUGUGAAGCAAAAGGUAAUGAUGCAAAAUGCUGGGGAAAAGUCAAGCAUUCGAAUGUUGGCGGCGCCCAGGUCCCACUCCUACGAUGCAACCAACGCCAACGAGAACAGAAGGCAAGCCGGACCAGCUCCUCUCCCCGCACAAAAGCCCUUGCCUUGCCAAAAGUCUUGUAUCUAUCCGCCAAGUGUCGGUCUAACGGACAGGGUGUCUGGCAUACCCGACGGUCCGUCUGCACCUGAGCCUAGGUACCUUCAACAAGAAAUUAUGCAAAUACAGCAAAGACCUAAAGAGGAAGGGAAAAAUAGUAUCCAGUAUAUAACGAAAAAUGAGCAAGAACACUCUAACGUCCAGUACAGCUCUAAAAAAGAACAACCAGUCCUGAAGACAAUUCUUAAAGAUUCUAGGAAGAGCCAGUCAGAGGAGGAGAAAGGGACUCGACAGCUGACUGGAAAGGAGGCGUGGGAAGCAACGCAGAGGAAAAAGGCGCUGCUGCGGGAGGAAUUCUUCCGAGUUCCUUACGAGGAGUGUAACAGAGAAGCUUUACGGGGUUUGGGAGGACGACUCAAUAAGUCAGAGCCGAGGAUGCACCUCGUGGGAAGAGAGAGGAAAAAGAGGAAUUCUUUUUCGUGCAAGAGGAGGGUUCAUUUCGAGCUCGAUUAUCUUAAUGACGAGAAGAAAAGCACAGACGACGAGUCGAAGCCUGCUUUCCCUUUCACGCAAUCGAUUCAGAUUGACCAGCCUCAGAAUACGAAAUCGAGGUCGGGACGCCCCACGGAUCUUGAUGAGCUGAUGAAGACUAUGAACAAAGGUAAGAGAACAGGAACAACAGGACAAAAUAUCUCCCCAUGCAGUGAACCAGAUCAAGUCCAAAAUACCCGCGAAAACAAAAUGCGAGUUUCCAAGUCAUUAGCAGAAUCAAAGCUUGACAACAACCACAACUUUAUGAAAUAUGAUGGAUGCCAGCACCCCAUGAAGAAGACUUCUGAAGUUAAACCAGGUUUAACAAACACUUCUUCCGAUAUACUUGUGCCGACUUCAUAUCAGAUUUUGAAGUCGUGUACUGCCUUACCUUCUCCUAUCUCAGCCGCUUCUACACGCCAGUCCACGACCUGCACUCCCGACGGCAGUCAUUCUGCUAUAGGCCUCUCGACACAAGGGCAGUCCAUCAAAGGCAGCCAUGCAGCCAGUCACUCAGCCAAACCUAGUCAAUCUAUUUCCAGUCCCCCAUCAAUUAGUCACUCCAACGCUUUCGUUUCAGCGCCCAGUCAGUCAAGUAACUCUUCUCUCUCCUGUACGCCUCAGCCCUCUGAUUUGGCUCCUGCACCCUCACCAAGCAACAGCUUGCUUUCUUCCCAACCCACGCCCGAACGACAAGCCCUCGUAACCCCUACUGAGCAACUCACUUUCUCGACUUUAAGUCAGUCAUCCAACACUUGUCUCUCGACAGCCUUUUCACGAAAAUCAUCAGGACGAAGUCAUUAUCAUCAAUCCGAGGACCAGGAAACACAACGGAUGUUUGGCAAUCAUCAAAAACCAUUCACGGGGAACGCCGGUCAACACAGUACCUUAUCCUCCCCAAAACCAGCACUUCGGGAAACCACACAUCAGCAGACGGCAACAUCCUUGUAUCACAGUCAGCCAGAAAGAUUCUACGAUCACAAACGGGCGAGAUCUCAGACACGUGCUCCAGAUGUUGAGUUGAAGUCAUACCAUCAGGUACCCAGUACCCAAUCUACCGCAACAAACAGAACAAAUAAAGCUCCCGUCAGAAGUCGAAGUUCAUCAUUCGAUAAGAGUUAUAUGGCAAAAAUAUCACAGAACAUUUCAAACGAACCGUAUACAAGGGAAGGUGGUAAUAGAAUUGUUUACCCUGAAAAGUCAAACAAAGAAAAUGUAGAAGCCCAACAAAUGAACUCAAAGAAAACUAGUAUUGAUGAUAGGGGGAACUCAGUCAAUAUUUUGAUGACCAAAGGCGAAAGUUAUUCUAAGCACAACAUAGUCUUAAAUAGUCACGUGACGUCAUCGACUCCAAAAGUAACAGUGAAGAGGAUAUACGUACCGGUUUCCUCCACCCCAGCAAGAUCCCCGCCAUCUCCAACGCCUUCCUGUGCCUCUUCGAGUUGUUCCUUUGGUUCGUCAGGGAGUUCGUCAGGUUGCUUCUCCGGCUCGCCUUCGCCCACCCCGACCCCCUCGCCCACGAGGGCCAGGGCGUCGUGUGCGCCGACUGACCUGUGAAGAGUUGGCUUGGUUGCGGCGCGAGGAAGGAAUGACAAGAGAAGGAAUGAAAAUAAGUUGGAAUUAAGGAAAGGAGAAAAACAUAGAAGGGAUCUAUACAAUAAAAAGAACGGAAACAUAAAUUAAAUACCAGCAGAACAUAAGCGAUAUUGGACAACAGAGAUAACGUUCGUUUUCGUCCACAAAGCCCAGAUGGGACGAUGGAGAGAACAGCGAUAACUUAAUGAGAAAAAAUAUCGCCGUGUGACUGGAACCCCAGCGGUAUAACGGAGAUCUGAACAAGCAGUUUCGCAUUUCAAACUCUCAACUCUCGUCUCCGUCGUAAGAGUAAACAGGAGAUUGAAGAGGUCUGUUCAUGGAGGCCUCGAUACCUUGAGUAAUUACAGAGAAAUACAAUGAGUCACCUUUUGUGACGUGUACUACGGGGCUUUCAGAUAAACGGAGAGCGAGCGGGACAGGAGCGCUAAAGUUUUGUGAAGCCACCAUUCGCCAGACGGCAGCCGUAUCGAAAAGGUGCCGCGCCAUUUGUGUUUACACGAGUCUUCUUGAUAAAGGUGUACAUAACAGGCAUGGGAAGAUAAAGAGCUUACAACAUAUAUACAUAUAUAUUGAGGGAGAAAGAGCGAAUCAGCACUGGAAGGAAACCGAGAAUAUCCCCACGCAUCUCUACAUCAGCUGACUCGAUUGUCGGAUCACGAAUCAGCUCGCGGGGUAGCAUUACUCGUGUCGCCCGCCCGCUGUAAUGUAACGCCUGUGACAGGAACGCCCAGCCCCAACGCCCACGUGCCGCCCCACAUCAAGUCCAGCACCGUGAGAUCUCAGACGGCAAUAUCCAUACUCUAAGUGCGUGAAUCUUAUAGCGACAAGGAUACGUGAAGAAAAGGGUGAUAGAAAUAAUAGAGGAGAUAAGAGAAGCGAAACUACGGGAUCGGGGUAGGCUAAACGAGAUUAUCCAGCUGCGUGAUUGGGUCAGAAUUUUAGUUGCUGCUGCCCUCGUCCUUCCUGCGAAGCGACACACGGCCUGCUGGAGACGGCGGCGGCGGGAGAGCGAGAGAGAGGGAGAGCGAGAGCGAGAACUGCCACCCAGCGAUGCGGGCUAAUCUCAUGAUUGGUGGAACAAGGGCAUCCCGGAUCGCGCCGUAAGGACUUUAGAUUCCCUUAAGGAACUGCUUCUCUCUGCCACUCCUUGAAUCGUUCUUUCUCUUCAGAUAAGAGAGAUACAAACGGAUAAGCAGAGAUGUUCUUCCCCGCCUGACAAAGAAAACGAGUGUUGUCCCGGAACCGAGUUGAUUAGUAAAUUAAUUUCUGUUUCCUAUUUUCUUUAAGGAAGAGCGAACUGUAUAAGCUGCAGCAACUUUUGUUUGCCUUGUAACUCUCAGAGCUUUAAUGUUUUAUUUGGUAAAGUGAAUAUUUUUCAUCAUUGCAUUUAUGCUAGUCUGCUUUUAUUUAUAGAAAGAUAUAUAUGUAUAUAUUAUAUAUGAAGUAUAUCUAGGGAUUAAUAUAUAAACACGUAUAUAUAAAAGUAAGUCAUAACUGAUACAAGUAAACCGUCUUUGUACAUUACUUUCUUGUGAGAGAGAAAAUGAAAAUGUCUGUGGCACACGGAAAAGGAAAAGAAAAUAUAGGCAAUAGUUUCUUAGGCGUCAAGAGCACUCAGUGACCGGGAGGCGCGUUCAGUGCCAAGCGCCUCUUUACUUAAGACUGUUUACUACCCACCCCCUCCUCCCCACUCACCACACACAAACACACACCUCGGGAC